GGAGUGUUAUGGAAACCCAAUCAAAUAGUGAGAAAACUUAUAGACUUAGAUUCUUGGAGUAUCUUCCACCAGCAACUGAAUGAAUGGCAGUCACAAGAGAUGAGAAACUUCUAGCAGUAGGUAGAGAGAAUGGACAAAUUGAGAUUUACGCCUCAAGAGCUUGUGGAAUCAAUAUGGCUAGAGAUACCUCAAAAUUUAAUUCUAUUGGCAAAGCUGACACUUGGACAAUGAUACAUGUGAUUCCAGGAAUUAGGAAUAACGAUAUUAGGAAUAUCACUUGGUAUGAGCCAGACUUUUGUACACUUUCAAAGUCCACAAAUAAUGCAUUUACAUAUAAAGAUGUAUCUGGAGACAUAGUACCAAGAAGAUUACUCACAACUGGGCUCAAUGGAGCAGUCAUUGAGUGGGAUCUGGUAAACCUCCAAUCAAGGAAAAUAAUUGACCUUGGAGACACAGGUAUUUGGGAUAGCUGUCUUCAUGAUUCAUCAAUGCUUUUAUGUGCAUGUGAUGACGGAGCAGUGAGAAUAAUUUGCCUAGAAUCUUUCACAGAGUUAAAAAGACUUCCCAUAUUCGAUGGAAAAUGCUUAAGCGUAGCCUCCUCUACCACUGAAAAGAACACCAUUUAUGCUGCUUAUUCAGAUGGGUCCAUCAGAAAGUUCCUUGAUGGAGGGGACAAGAAGAGACUUACCAAAGUCUUCAAGCACAAAGAAGCUAGCAUCUGGACUAUUGAAGAAGUAGAUGGCUUUUUAGUUUCAGGAGAUAGCAAUGGAGAAAUCAUCAUUUGGGAUAAAAUGAAUGGCAACGCAAUUAAAACCUUCAAAGAUUUUGAAGGAGACGUCCUAACAAUAGCAGUCAAUCACGACCAGAGAACUAUUUAUGCAUCAGGUGUUGAUAGCAAAGUAGUUGCUUAUAAAGAAGUUCAUAUUUCAGGAAAGAAUGCUCAUAAAUACAACAAAAUCAUCGGGCAUGAUGAAAGCAAUAAAGUAGGUUUAGAAAAAGAGUGGGUAUACUCAGGAACAACAAGAGGUCAAUCUCAUGAUAUCAAAUCACUUCUUUACCUCGAAAAUCACCAAUGUCUCAUCUCAGGAGGAGUCUCAACAGAUCUAUGCAUCUAUUCCUUAGAAAAAUAUGGAAAGUUGCAAGAUAGCUUUAAGCUAAAAAGAUCAAAUAAGAAAUUCCUUCAUAUCCCUCCUUUCGAACUGAAAAACCAGGUUACAAUCUGUACAGAUCUUGCACCAGCAGAAGGCAGUAAAAAAACUAGUUGGGAAGACGAAGGAAUCAUGAUUGUAGUUCUCCGUAAGACCUUCUCAGUUGAACUCUGGAUGUAUGAGGUCAGGAAAAAGCCUGUAUUCCUUCUUGAAUUUGAAAAGAGUCAAUUUGGAAUCACUUCAGUGAGUGUCAACUCCUCUGCCUCUUACAUCUGUAUCUCUGAUAUUGAAACCACACAUUUCUACAAGAUCAAUAUCUUAGAAGACGAGGUCAAUUUCCAGAAAAUCUCUGAAGGAAAUGCAGUUGGACUUCCAGGAGUAAUCUAUACAAAAUUUAUGCAAAAUAACCAAACUGUCUUAACAUUCAACAAAGAAGGAGAAGUUAACUUUGUGAAAAUCAAAGAAGGAGAUAAUCUCAGUGUGGAAGUAACAAACACCUACCAAACUCAGCAAGAAAGUGAUGAGGAUAUGUACGAAUCUGACGAGGAGGAUAAAGAAUAUGUUUCCACCCUCAAGAGAAAAUUCUUUACCCAAAUAACAGCUAAUGAGAACUUCAUUUCCUUCGGUAGUUUUGAGCAAAACCAAGUGUUCUUCUUUGAUUUCAACACUAAGGAGAUCUUCAAAGCAAUGGGAAUUGACAAGACUUCUCUGGUCACAUUUACUCAGUUACUUACAGGAAACCGUCUCCUUGUAUGCUACGAUACUAACAAAUUCCUAUUGCAUGAUCUGUCGGAUCGUAAUCUUUCUUCUUUCUCAAGAAAGAAUCUGAAGAAGUUCCCAAUUAACUAUAUUCACCAGUAUAAUCGUAUCUAUGCUUGUGUUGAGUUGGAGCCUACUAAGCUGAUGUUGUAUAGUCAUUUCACCAAUAUUGUGAUCGACCUUGAUAAGAAAAUCCCUGAGCAUAGCAAAGUUGUGAGGAAUCACCCUUCUAAGACAGAUACUCGAACAAUGAACUGGAACGAAACACUCUCCUUCCACCACAAGAAGUACAUGCAGUUGCUACCCCAGAGAAGCUAUGAGAAGGCUAAUACGAAGCAAGAGGAGCAUGAAGGUGACAAUUUCGUGAUUGAUAAUAAGUACAAAGGAAUUCUCUGCAUGAAGAAGCUAGAUGAUGGCAGCAUGGUUGUAGUCGAGAAUUUAUGGACAAAUCUACUCAACAGACUCCCAGGAGUUGUCAAAGUUAAUAAAUUCGGACAGUAAUUAUUCAAUGCUUGAA